GUGACAACAUGCAGACUGCAGAUAGCGUGUCAGCAAAUAUAAACUGCAACAGGAGCUGCACGAUAGAGAUCAACAACAUGAGCGAAGACUACUGCCUCAACAACCCAAAGGUCUACACAUACAGUGGGUGCUGCUGGCAUCCUCCUCAGCCCACAAUCAGCACCAACAAGACCGGGAUCUGUGCAAUCACGAAGAUUGCAUUCACUGCCUGUGGGGCUGUAGGCGUCUUGACCUAUGACCUCUUCCACUUGAAGAACGAGGAGUGCACUGAACGCAUUGCUAUUCUGUUCUCCGUUCCCUUCAACUACAACUUCUACGAUAACAUCUUCGGAAUUGGGGUGAUCAUGCCAACCUGUGAGUGCAAUGAAGCCCUGUACAAAAAAAUGUAUUACGAAAUCGAUAACAGUUUUAUCCGUGGGAAGGCAAAAGUGUCUGGAAUCCCCUACAGUGCACAGAGAGUUAAAUUAGAAGCAACAAUGUCAAAUGUUGGCAAAGCUAUUAUUAAACUAGAGAUCCAUGACAAGCUGAGAUGA